AUGGCCAACGCCCUCGUUGCCCUGUUUGUGGCUGGCGCCGCCAUCGCCCACACUAUCCCAUCUCCUCUGAAUCUCCUCGAAGCGCGAGCCAUCGACAAUACCCUAGAGGAUGAUUCAAACGAGGACUUUAAGCUCGAUAGAGCCAUGAUUACUUUUGAAAACUGGUGCAAACACCCUGUUCACGUUUGGCGCUCGGACGGAGGCAUCAAGAUGCUUGAGACCAUCGAGGCCCAGACGAUCGCUAACGAGACGCUGCCCACCGAUCCCAAGGCCGGCAUGGUCAUGUACCGCGCUUCUCCUUCCGAAAAGAACCUCAAGGAUGGUAGCGGUACUUUGCUAAUGACAUACAACCUCAACGCCACCCGCUCGAGCGUUGCCAUGAAUGCCAACAUGGACUACCUGUUCAAGAACCCGUUUGGCCGUGACGACCAUAACCUGGUCACUAUUUUCAGCAGAAAAUGCGACGACAAUUAUGAUAUCUAUCUCGAGCACGGCAGAAGACUAGCAUCCUCGUUCAAGUGCAAGAAGAAGAUGUGGGCGGGUAUCACGUUUAUUACGGCACUUUGCACUGAGAAUGAUAGGCCAGAUGAUGAGAAGAAACAGUAG